AUGGAGCACAAAAAGGAGGGCAGACAGCCUGGCGGACGCGGUUCAGACUGGGGUCGCAUCGCCCUGCUGGAUAAAACGAAAGAGUUCUUCCAGACGUGCGACGCGGACAGUCGAGGAUUCAUCACACGCACCGACAUGAGGAGGCUCCACAGGGAGCUGCCGCUGUCGGCGGAAGAACUGGAAGACGUAUUUGACUCUCUGGAUGCAGAACAUAGUGGUUACCUCACGUUGGAAGCCUUCUCUUCUAGAUUCAGUCAGUUCCUUCGCGGCCGGAGAAUCUCAGUGACCGAGGAACCGAACCAGACGCAAGGUCCGGGUUUCAGGACCAAGGAGGCCUUCUACCAGAGCCAAUGGGAUGCCAAGCUGUCCGGGGUCGAGGACGAGGAAGAGAGACACUUCUGCAUGCUGCUGGACAGCUUGGGAGCCAGUAACGUUUUUGAGGACUCGGGUGAAGUGCGAAGUCUGUGGGCGCAGCUGAGGCGAGAUGAGCCUCAUCUGCUGUCCAACUUUGAGGAGUUCCUGGCUAGGGUCACCUAUCAGAUCAAGGAAGCGCACCAGGAGAAGCGUGACAUGGAGAGCGCCCUCCAGAGGAAGGCGGCGACCCACGACGACGAAAUCCGCCACCUGUAUGAAGAAAUGGAAGCGCAGAUCAAGACGGAGAAAGACAAGCUACUGCUGAAGGACACGGAGCGUCUCCAGUCAAAAAGCAAUGACCUGGAAGACCAGCUGACCUCCAAGGAGAGGGAACUGGAGCUGCUUUUCCAGAAGCAGAAGAGGUUGGAGCUGGAGUGUCGCGAGCUGAACAGCGAGAAGCAGGAGAGCCACGUGGAGAACGUCAAGCUCAAGGUGACCAACAACGAGCUGGCGCGGGCACUGGAGAGCACCAGCCAGGAGCUGCUGGUGGCUCAGGACCAGCUAGCCAUGCUGCAGGAACAAGCGGCGCGUCUGCACCAGGAGAAGGAGAUGGAAAUGUACAGAGUCACCGAAGGACUGCAAAGAGAGAAGCAAAGCCUCAUGAAGCAGCUGGACCUCCUCAGAGAGAUGAACAAACAUCUAAAGGACGAGCGUGACAUCUGCUCUGGUGUGCCAAGAACGUCUCUGAGGAAGAAGCAGAAGCAGCGAGCCGGCCUGGCCGGCAUGUUCGACGACAGCGGCCAACCAGCUAAAAGAUCUCCCGUGGUGCCGGACGGCUCCUACCAGUCUUUGGAGGCCUUGCCUAUCGAGCACCUUCAAAUCGUGUUUGUUGCUUCCUCCUCAUGUAGUGAGGAUGACGCAGUGGCCGUCAAGAAGAGCGGAGGAUUGAUCAAUGGCUAUGGUGGCCCCGCGCCCCCAAAAGCUCACAAUGUGAGGACCAAAGCCAAGAAGGCCAUCACCCGCUCCUCGAGUUUUCGGAGGACUGCGCGAGAGCGGGCCAAGAGGCCGGAAGCCAAGCCUGACAUCGAGGAUGAGGUGCUGGACUCCCCCCCGGGUGGGUGGCCUCUUCGCCGGGUCAUCUCCAUUGAAGAGGACCACCUGCCACACCUCCUCCAAGGGGGGCCGCAGCUUCUCCUGCACCAGCUCAGCGAGGAAGAAGAUGGCGAGGAGGCCCGCAGUGAUUCUGAAUCCGGCAUUGUCGCCAGAAGGACUGGCCUUUUGAAGAAGACCCCAAUGUCCCCACGUGGACAACCUGUUGGAAAGGAGACCCAGCAUGUUGCCGAAGCACCCAUGUUAGGCCCCAGUCGCUUGUUCAAGGUGGUCCUGGUGGGCAACUCCAGCGUGGGCAAGACGUCACUUUUGCGCUCCUUCUGCGAGGGACAUUUCCACCCCUCCACCGCAGCAACUGUGGGGAUCGACUUCAGCGUGAAGACGUUAACCUUGAACAACAUGCAAAUCGCGAUGCAGCUUUGGGACACGGCGGGUCAGGAGAGGUAUCGCAGCAUCACCAAGCAGUUCUUUCGCAAGGCCGACGGCGUGGUGGUGAUGUACGACGUCACUUUGGAGGAGAGCUUCAAGGCGGUGCGACCCUGGCUCGCCAAUGUCAAGGACGCAGCAGGAGAAGGCGUCCAAAUCCUGGUUCUGGGCAACAAAAUGGACAUGGAAGGAGAAAGAGAGGUGUCCUUUACAGAAGCAGAACACCUUGCUCAGGAAAGUAAGGUGAUGUUCUAUGAGGUCAGCGCCUACACAGGCAAGAACGUCACUGAGUCCUUGACGCAUCUAGCCAGGGUGUUGAUGGAGCAAGAAGACCGAGUGAGAGACACAACAGUCAUCCUCAGCGCGCAACCCUUGAAGAAGAAAGCCUGCUGCAAGUGA